AUGCUAAAUUCAGCUAGAAACAAGGUAAGACCUAAAUUCCAGAUUAGACUCCUCAAGCCCAAACAACUAUUUAUGGAGUUCAAUAUAAGUUAGCUCUUGUUCCCUUCUUAAGUUAACAAUGGGAGUAAAAUCGACUAAUUACGGCUCCAUACGCCAAUUUAACCCUACUUGAAACCUCUAGAGCUAUUAGAUCAUGA